UUCUGGAAGCAGGGAGUGGCAAAGGAGGGAGCCGGUCUGGGGAGGUGGAGGGGCGUCGGAGAGGGUGCUGGAGAACCUGCGGCCUUUCUCCCUCUCUCACUCUGUCUCUGUCCCUCCUCCAGCGGCUCACCCGGGUACAGGGCGGGGCUCCGGGACAGCCCAGCGGGAAGCCAGGAGGGGGGAAAUCGGCCGCCGCCCGCCCGGGACCAGGCUGAGUGGAAAGAGAAAGGGGAAGGAAAAGGGAAGGCUGGGGCCGCAGCUCGGAGAUCCACAGCGGGAGCGGGAGCAGCGGUGGCAGCAGCGGCAGCCGCAGCGCCCUGGAGCCACGGCAGACCGGGCAGGGAGAGCAGCAAUGGGGCUGGAGACGGAGAAGACGGACGCCCAGAUCUACAUGGAUGAGGAUUCCUACAGCCGCCACAGCGGUCCUGACUACCCGGAGCCGGAGAAAAGCGUGAAGUCCUUCCAGGAUCGCGAUCCGCGAGGCCUCAACACGCAUCUGAAGCUGGGCUUUGAGGAUGUGAUUGCGGAGCCCGAGUCCGCCCACAGUUUUGAUAAAGUUUGGAUCUGCAGCCAUGCCCUCUUUGAAAUCAGCAAGUACCUGAUCUACAAGGUCCUAACUGUGCUGUUGGCUAUCCCGUUGGCCUUUGUGGCAGGAAUUUUCUUUGCAACUCUCAGCUGUCUGCACAUCUGGUUUGUGGUGCCUUUUGUAAAGACCUGUUUAAUGGUCUUGCCAUCAGUGCAGACAGUAUGGAAGAGCGUUACAGAUGUUCUCAUUGCUCCUGUAUAUAAAAGCAUGGGACUCAUCUUCUCUUCAGUCAGCUUGAGACUAGGUUCUGAGUGAAUAACAUGGAACCUGUUGCUGGACACCUAAUAUAUUGCAAUACUGUAGGUUGUUGUAACAUAGAAGCACUACUGUUUAUUUCUAAAUUGUUUUAUUUAAGAUAACUAAUUGGUUUUUUAAGGUGAACAAGUAUAUUUGGAACUUAAAAGUUGAAAUUAAUUCCUUCUUGGGUAAUAUUUCUCAAAUUACUAGCCACAUAGUUCAUAUCCAGGAUUUUAUACCAGAGUUAUAUAAAUGAUGGGAAACACCUAAUUAUAAUAUGAUAUUUUUUGUCUUUGGAUAAAAAUUUACAUUUUAUGGUAAUUGUUAAUUUGAACUAUGCAUAAUAUAAUUCCAAUAUUUAGAUAUAUAUUUCUCAAAACCAGUCAGAGAGAGACACUACAAACGUAAUGUAGGAACUAAAGAAGCACAAGCAGGUAGUGAUAUGUACUACAAUAACACAUGAACAUGCAAAUGUGAAAAAUAGAUCCAUAAAAAGGAUAAAAGGCAGUAUGUUGUGGUGGAAUAGAAUAUGAAAUCCAAAUACCCGAGUUCAAAGCCUCCUCUGCUCUUUGUUACUCAGUAACUUUGGGCAAGACACUGACCUCUUUGAGUCUCAUUUCCUCAUUUAAAAAUGAGAAUUGAAUUAGAUUAUCUCCAAUGCCCCCUUAAGCUGUCAUAUGAUCCUAUAAUUUCAUUCCUUAAAAUAAAUUGUUACCUAAUUUGGGGGAUUAUUCUGCUGCCCUAUUUAAGAAGAGGUUCUAUUUUAUUAUAUAUCUUGUACUUAAUGUAAAUUUUGCUCUAUCAAUUUUCCAUAAAGCACUUUGAUUGUUAUUUGUAAUUUGUAGAGUUAUUAAACUGAAUGGACUUAUCCAUAUGUGAAUCACACACAAAAAAAAGAAAUUUAGAUGAGGGAGAUUGCACUGAAAUCAUUAUAUAAAGCAUAUAUUUUUCUUUAAGAAUUUAAUGUAAAAGUUUGGCAUAAAAUGCUUUCUUAUUGAACAAUGUAGGGAAAAGAGCCUCGUGUUUUAUGAGUAAUGCUUGUAGUUAACUGUAGAUUGCAAUAAACCCUACCUAAUGAUUUUCAUUAGUCAUGAUAUAAUAUUUAAAAUAAUCUAUGCCCAAAUGAUAUUUUCUCUUUUGUAUUCUUAAGUCACUUUAAAAAGUUUUCUCUUUUGUAUUCAAUCACUAGACUUAUAUUUGACAUUCCUAUUCCCCAUUCAUUUUUCUUUUCAGUGACUAUGGUGCUGUUUAACAUAAUUUUUGUUAUGCUGAAUAUUUAUCAUAAAAAAGCAAAUUCUUCUGUACUUAACAAUUGCUGAAUUUCUUCUUUGACUACAGCAAACACAUAUAUAAAGUAAUGCAAGAAGGUCUACUGAGGUCUGUGCUACUGAGCUUCAUAUGCAGAUGAGCAAGUUACAACAAUGCUUUGUUUGUGCUAUGUAAUACAAAGUAAUUU